AUCAGCUGUUCAUUGUUUACUAACAAAAAAAAGCGAGGGAUUUUACAGAAGAAAUGCCGCGGAAAAGUGAAAAGAGUGAACAAAGUCCGUCAGAAAAGAAAUCAGGACGAAGGAAAAAGACUGAAAAGUUAAUAAGAGAUGCAGGGAAAAUUGAAAAACCUAAGAAAAAGCGCUCUGCACCCCGAAAACCGAAGAAAUUGCCCAAGGAACCUUCGAGACCUAAGAAACCCCAACUAAAUACUGAUCCCACGCCUGAGAAUCUCAAGUGCCAGGAGUGGAUUAAAGAGCAGAAACGCUUACGAGUGAAAUAUCCUAAGGUCGAUGUGAAUGAGGACAGUGAAACUGAGUCCGAGGAUGAUGAGGAAGUGACGUCAGAUAUGAACCUGGCUAAAUUGCGUCGGUUUGGAAAUAAAACACGUUUGAAUGUGCUGUACAACUGUGAGUGGGCAAAAUGUACUGCCCUUUUUGAAGAUCCAGCCAUGUACAAGGAUCACGUAGAAUUGCACCUUCUGAGCGUUGGAGAGAACAAAAAGAGCUCAGAAUUCCGAUGCCUCUGGGAUUUGUGUAAGUUCAGCAGUGAAGAUAGAAAUUCCUGGACUCGCCAUGUCCGCUAUCAUUGCUAUCACUCAAAGCUCAUGACUGUGGGAGAUAGCUUGAGGAAUCAGAUAAAUUUUCCACGAUGUACUCAUGAUUCUGAGCAAAGAAAUAUCAUUCCGGAUACUCCGCAUGAUUUCCUCUGCGAAUGGGAUGAAUGUGGCUGGAAGACCAAUUCCAUUCUGGAUUUCUUCGACCACGUGAACACUCAUGGGAAGCUGGAGUUUGAAUUUUCCAGGGAUGUAAGCAAAAGGGAGAGAAAGUUGAAAUGUAAAUGGAUUGGAUGUGAAAAGAUUUCAACAGGAAAGCCAUGUACUCUUAUAAAGCACAUCCGGAGUCACACGAGUGAAAAGAAAGUGGCCUGUGACAAUUGUGGAGCGAUGUUCAUUCACAAUUCCAGCUUCUUUGACCACUGCAAGCGCCAGUUAAUCCACAAUACUAUGGAAUACUCUUGUCUGCACUGCUUUCGCUCUUUUGCCACUCCAAGACUCCUCAAGACUCACAUAAGACUUCAUGUAAACUGCCACAAGUGCCAUCUCUGCGAUAUGACUUGUCCUUCGCUGGCGCAUCUCACAAUUCACAUUCGCCAUCGUCACAUGGAUGAGCGACCAUUCAAAUGCCCGUUUCCUCAAUGCACAUACGCCAGUGUUCUCCAGCGUGACCUGGAGACCCACAAAGAGAUCCACGGUCCCAGGCAAUUCUACGAAUGCACCCAAUACGACUGCAACUUCCAAAGUUGCUCCCUCAAGAGUCUCAAGCGGCACGAAUCUCUCAAGCAUUUGAGUCCCCAUCCCAAGGUCUAUCUCUGUGACGUAUGUGGCAGGAAAUACUUAAGAGGAGACUCCAUCUCAGUGCAUCUAAAGAAGGCUCAUGGCUACAAACUGCCUCCCGGAAGUUCCCGAUUUUUCUACAGGGAAGGUGAUGAUGGCUUUUACCAUGUGCAAACGAUGAGAAUUGAGAGUCUGGAAGUGACUGAACAAAUCAUGGCAACCAAAAAGACAGCGAACAAUCGAAAGGGAAAAAUUAAGUAUUCUGUGAGCGACGCCGUAGUCACUGAGGAAGGUGUCGUCAAGUUGAAUGUAGCAGAAGUGCCCAAGGACAGUGAGGAGCUGGACCAGGAGUCUGAGGAGGAAGAAGAUGAAGACAUGGAGGAAGAAACGAGUGAUAAAAAUUAUGGGGAAAAUCUCGAAGGAAGAGUAGGACUGAGUAUGCCCUUGACUGAGGAUGAUCCAGAAGAGAGUCCUCCCAAGAAGAGCAUACACGAUUUUACUGUAAUGAAGAGAUAUCUCAAAGGUAUCACCGAGAGUAAGUCUUGCUAAGAGAUUAACAUAUAUUUUAAGAAAUUUUACCAAGGACUAAAAGGAUACUUAAAAAUAGGGAAGAGAUACAAAUAUAUAUCUACGCUACA